AUGAUGAGGAGAGAAGAUCUCUACAACGACAAUUACAUGGAAGAUUACCGUCGGAUGGAUGAGAAUGAUCUGUACGAAUCAGUGGGCCCGGACGAUUCAAUGGAGGAUGAGAGGGAUAUUGAUCAGAUCAUGGAGGAUUGGAGGGCAACAAAGGUGGAGCUCGAUGCGAAAGAAGGAAACAUGGGACCGGUGAGUCGGAAGCUCCCUCGCCUUCUACAUGAUAAAGAUAUAGAUGAUGAAAUUAAUUACAGGCACCUAAAGAGGUCUACUGCUGAUUUUAGGCUGCCAAGAGGACCAAGAAGCUAUGAUGAUACUGAUGGCGGAACACCAAGUUCACCUGGAAGAUCACAGAGAGGACAUUUAAGAGAUGAUGUGCCAAUGACUGAUCAAACUGAGGAUGAGCCUUAUGAGGAAGAAGACGAUGAUGAAGGAGAGUUUGAAAUUUAUCGUGUCCAAGGAACUUUGAGGGAGUGGGUUACCAGAGAUGAAGUGCACUGGUUCAUUGCUAAGAAAUUUAAGGAAUUCUUGCUUAUCUUGUUGCUUACUAAGUGGAUUGUUUUGAUUCAGAAGAACUUGGGGUUGUUUAAGAUGCUGUUGCCAAAGUGCUCUGAAGGGAUGGAGAUGUUGUGA